AUGGAGGAUGAAGAAGGUUACACGGUAUUAAACCUCCGACGCCAGGAGAAAACCACCACCCGCCUGUCACCUGGGAGGAUCCAAGAUUCUCCUUUGAGUUCCCAGCGUUGUAAACUCAUGCUAGGGAUUUUGGGAGCUGUUUGCAUCAUUCUGACAGUAGCCGUGAUCAUUCUGACUAUCCUGGUUUUCCAGGGCCGCUCCCUGCAGACGGACACUGGCGCAGUCUCAUCGGUCCCCGAGAACGGCAGUGUCGCCCAGAGACACUCCCCCGGCAGAGAAUGCAACAGGAGCCUGGAGGACUUGGUGUCUCGCCUGAAGCAGAGUCUGUGUCUCUCAGCCCAGAGCACCUCAGCAGACGGCUCCGGCUGCAAACUCUGCCCUAUGGACUGGCUGUCACGCAGGGGAAAGUGUUACUGGUUUUCCAAAGACAGCAAAAACUGGAAGGAGAGCUGUGAUGACUGCUCCGCAAAGAGCUCUCGAAAGCUAGUGAUCCAAGACCAGGAGGAGAUGGAGUUCAUACAGAACAUCACACAGGGUAAAUAUCAUGUCUGGCUCGGGCUCAGUGUUACAUCACCAGGGAAGAACUGGACCUGGGUGGACAGCUCCGUGUUAGACCAAACUCUGUUCCCAGUAACGGGUCCUGCUGACAUGAACAGCUGUGGGCUGAUAAAAGGGAAUCGGAUUCACUCUGAAACCUGCAGUGCUGAAUUCAAAUGGAUUUGCCAGAAGGAAGCCGUGCCGCUAUAA